CGGCUGUCUCCUACUCUAACAUUGACGAAGCGUACUAGCGUUAAUAGACAGCAAGGUAUUAGCUUUGUUUACUUUACAGUCAUCUGUCAGCAUGGCCCAGGCAGAGGAUCUGACAAAGAUUGUUGCAAAUCAUUACAACCAACUGGAAGAAAAGGGGCUAGAGAACCGCAAACAAAGCCGCAUCUUUUACCUCCGGAACUUCAAUAAUUGGGUUAAGAGUGUCUUGAUUGGAGAGACACUCAAAAAACUGCGUCAGGAGGAUAGAGACAAGGCAGUCACUGUACUGGAUCUCUGCUGUGGUAAGGGAGGCGAUCUGCUCAAAUGGAAGAAGGGCAGAAUAGAUCAUCUUGUGUGUGCUGAUAUUGCAGCUACUUCAGUAGAGCAGUGUGAGUCCAGAUAUAGAGAAUCUCAUCAUCGUGGGGGUCGGGGGAGAUUUCAAGAGAAAGAGUUCGCUGAAUUCAUUGUUGCAGACUGUACAAAGGUACGGUUGAAAGACAUGUACAAAGAGCCCAACAUGAAGUUCGAUCUUGUCAGCUGUCAGUUUUCUUUUCAUUAUUGUUUUGAGAGUUUUCCCCAGGCCAUGACUAUGCUUCAAAAUGCUUGUGAAUGUCUACGUGUGGGUGGUUACUUUAUAGGAACUACUCCCGACUCCUCUGAGAUUGUGCAAAGAUUGAGAGAGUCCACAGACAACUCCUUUGGUAAUGAGGUGUACAAGGUAACAUUUGAAAAUGAAGACAAGAAGAACUUCCCUUUAUUUGGUGCAAAAUAUAACUUUCACCUAGAAGGGGUUGUGGACUGUCCCGAGUUUCUUGUCUACUUUCCUUUGCUGGAGAAAAUGGCAGAAGAAUUUGGAAUGCAACUGGUACACAAGACCAAGUUUGAUGAUUUGUUCAAAGAAAAUUCUGAGAGAGGUGAAUACAGAAUGCUGCUUAACAAGAUGCAGGCCCUAGAGCCUUUUCCUCCCAAUGAAGGGCAAGAUCUGGUUGGGUUGAAGGACAUCGAUUAUGGACAUGCUCAGCAAACUUUGCAGUUGCAAUCUGGCAAUAGUUCUCGGGACAGCAAAAGGGGGGCUAAAAUUGGGACGUUGUCAAAAGCUGAAUGGGAUGCAGCAACGGUGUACCUGGUGUUUGCUUUCAAGAAGGUGAAGGACAUUUGACAUGGGCUUGUGGCAUAGGUGUGGAAGGGCAGUGCUGAUGCUGAAGAGCAGGCCAGGAAGGCCCGUGACAGCAUAAGCCGGAUGUGUAAAUGGUACCACAGUAGCAAAUCUGAUGAUGAUGAAGGCAGCUUGUUGUUGUCAAAUGGAGACAAUUCUGUUUUUAUCUGGCCUCUAGGUGGUCAGCGUUUGUAACAUCAAUCGCAGGUUAGAAAAUCUGCAAUGUGUCUUCCAAGCUGUCAAAGUAGUUCUAGUAAAGUGGUGUCAUUGUAGAGGUGGAAUUUACAGAAAAAUCUACUAAGUCUUGUGCUGUUGGUUGGCAUGAUGGGGUAUGAGAUUUUGCUGAACUAGAUGGGGAGAGAUGUUUGUUUGUUGACUUCGUGAAAAGAAGAAAUGUCUGAUGAACAAAUGUAACUUGAGGAUAGCUGUGUCCAUGUCCUUCGUCAUAAAUAAGCUGCCAAACAUGGAAUUCAUAAAAAAAUACUCCAAAUUUUAAUGAGAUUAGGCAGUACUUCCUCCACCCCUCUCAAAAAAAAUAGACAUCUAUAUUAUAUACUGUACAGCCCAUAAUCAGAGCUACAGUUUUGUGUGUUUCCCAGCAGUUUACUAAGUUUUCUUAGAAGAUCUGUCUGGCAACUGGAGAGGUAGUUUUUGUUGCUGGUGAGGUGAUGACACAGUUUAGAGGACCAACAUGCUUGCUGAGCACACUGUUCACAUCAUAACCCUGCACAGAAAACAAACACCAUGAUCUUGCUACAUUCCUACUGCACUGAAAAUAAAAAUUCUGGAGAUGUUGCUGAAAGAUGGGGUGGUGCACUUUUAUGUCCCAGUUUUCUUAUGUAUAAAUGAAUGGCUUUCAUUAUAGUUUAGUUUAUUCCUUGAGGAGCAUAAGGCCACAACACCUCGCCGGCAGACCCAGUUUGGGGCCCAUGUGGUUCCGAUGUCCUUUACCUCAUUCUCUGCUAUUCUUUUCCAAGUUUGCUUUUAUUAUAAGAAAAUAUAAGGAACACAUUUUGUAAUGCAGUAAUCCCUCACUAUGUCGCAGUUCACUUGUUGCGGCUUUACUGUAUCACUUUUUUUUUUAAAUAUAUAAUUCUGUAUUAUGGGAUUUUGCAGUAUAUACAUAUUUAUAUCACAUUUUAAUACUAUGCACAGGUAAUUCACCAGCUGAUGAAUACUGUGUUGUACGCGAUGGAAACAUAUAAAGUGUUUAUAAAAGAGUGGGAAAGGUUUAUAUAAAGCCUUAAAAUAUAAAUAAUACAUAUAAUGCCGCUAUUUUCGUGAAUUUUCACCUAACCUAUCGGGGGGUCUCUGGAAUGUAACCCCCACGAUAGGUGAGGGAUUACUGUACCAGCAAAUAACUAAUGUUCCACAUAAGAAAUGUUACUUAUCAAGAGGAUGCUAGCAUUUCUCUAGGCUUCAAGAAAACAUGUAGUUCAUUGUUCUAGAUCAUUUCCAAUUUAAAACAAAACUACCUACCUCUUCAUCGUGUUCUUCUGGCAAGAUCUGUUGAAUUGUUGACUGGAGAAGCUGAUCAUUAAA